CCUUCUCAGUCAGCCCAUCUCGUGCCCACCACCCCCUUCGCAUUUCUUCCCUUUUCUGUCCCACCCGUCUUCAUCCCUCGGACUACAAAUGCGGCGCAACCGUGGGCGUAUCAGCACCCGAGCAGUUUGUAGCAGGAUCCUCUCGCUCUCGCCAUCGCAUCGCGCACAGUAGACACUCAAAAUCCGAUUGCCGAGGGGGAGAAGGCGGAGACCGUUGCAACGGCUAGUUGCGGCGGCCCGAUGGACCCGUCGUACGAUGGCAGCGCCCCCGCCGCCGGUGGAAGCGCCGACGACCAUGGCCAAACGUGGGUGAGGGGGCCCCGAGUCGUUCUCUGGGAUUGGACAGUAGAGCAUUGUGAACCCAACGAUUCAAGUCAUGCAGAUGCUACUAAAUUCGUGUGGGAUUGCCUCAAUCAAGAUGACGAUGAGCUAAUGGGAUUGCUUGGAAAUCAAACCCCGUUGAGAGACUGCCGUGAUUUCUUUGCUGACCUUGGUGAUUUCACAUGCAAGGAGACCUUGGACCUGGAGGAAUCUCGGGAAUCAAAGCGGCGGCGCACAUUAGAGUACCCUUCAGAGUCUAGUCAGUCAGAAGUUGGGACUCAUGAUGCUGCUUCACCUUUUGUCACAUCUGAGGCAGCAGAAAUUUCAUUGCUCUGCACUGAUAAACCACAGAGCUUAAAUUGGGAUAUGCACCACACUUCAAAUAAUUUAGAUGAAGCACCCUACCGGCAAGAAGAUAUUCUUUCUGAACAUUGCUCUUAUGGAACUCCAGUGUACCUCGAGCCUGAUCAAACGCCUUGUAGUCAGGAGAGCAUUGCAUGUAUAAAUGAUCAAUCUGGUAUUUCAGGAACAAGUGAGACUGGACCAAUGACAGAAAGUUUCAUAAUGCAGGAAACUAGAAAGCUUUGUACACUCAAAGUGUCCAAAGGAUCAAGCUCAACACUAGUUAAGGUGAAGGAAAACUUAACUACCUCAGUAGCAUAUCCUUUUACUCUUAUCAAACCAUCUUGGGAGGAAGGCGAUGUUACCUUGCAGGAUAUAAAUCAGCGAAUUCGUGCUCCUCCUAAGAAGGCCCCCGAGAUCCUUGGAACUUCAGCAUUCUCUGGCAAGCCAGUGAUUGGCAAGACAAGAAUCAGAACAGAAGGGGGGAAAGGAAGCAUCACAAUACUAAGAACAAAGGGCUGAGAACCGGAAAAUACCUUCGAUCCUUAUUUAUCUGCUAGUCUCUCCAUUUAUCAGAUGAGAAAGGGGAGAAGGCAGCUCCUUGGUGGUCAAUUGUGCAAGUCUGAGCACCUGAAACUUCCAUUGAUUCACAGUUCAAGGCUGAGCCUGAGGAUGCCAUUGAUUCUUAUUUAUCUGCCAUUCUCUCGAUUGCUUUUGGCACUUUGGUCAAUGUGCAGACCUCUGUAGCUUUCCAUCAUUUUUUUGUUUUAGUUUUGCACCGUGGGUGUCUUGUGAAUUAAUGUAGACGCAAAACAACAACUUUCGGCAUUCUUCUGGUGUAUUUAUGACAUGUGGUCAAUGAUAUAUAUACAUCAAACUGAAGUCAAUAGAAUUAAUGUGUUAUAUUCCAUC